UCUACAAGGCGAAAUCGAAAGUGAAAGUUGAAAUACAAGCAAUAUUUACAGAAAAUGUCCAAUGACCUAUUUAUAAGCUGUCGACUAUAAACAGUCUCAACAUAUAAUAGAUUAGUUUGACCAAUAUUUUAUAAGAUAAUGGCUCAGAAAACUUUGCCAAACCCAAACCGCCGUCCGUUGGAAGAAGGAGAUUUGUUAGAAAUUGAUCGAGGAACGUACAGUCAUUGGGCAGUUUACAUAGGAAAUAAAGAAGUGGUUCAUGUUUCUGGUAUUGGUGGACGAGUUGCGUCUAACUCAGGUCACUUACUUACUGUAAGUGGUGUUAAAUUCAACAAAGCGGAAGUGAAGAGAGAACACAUAUGCAAUGUUGUGGGCACCAGUGAAUUAAGCAUCAAUAACAGUAAAGACCGCGGGAAUAAGUGUCGGCCACCCAAAGAAGUUGUAAAAAGAGCACUCAGUAAGAUUGGUCCUUUAGAAUACAAUUUAUUGUGGAGCAAUUGCGAGCAUUUCGCAUCCUGGUGUCGAAAUGGAUCCGCAAUAUCAAACCAGGUUGACAAAUUUGUAACUGCUGGUAUGGUACUUGGAACUUUAUUUAUAAUCGGCAAACUAUUAGACCUGUACAUAUACCUUGUAUGUAAUGGAUAUUUAAAAACGAUGGAAAUAUCUCCUGACUUUUCGAAUUCUACCCAUGUUGGAACAAGUAAAUGUGCUAUAAAAUAA